CCGCGGCCUAGCGCGGCCUAGCGGGGCCCAGCGGGGCCUGGCGGGCCGCGGGGGGGCCGGGGGCAGCCCCGCAGCGCCGGCGCCAUGCGGGCGUGCUGGCUGGUGCCGGGGGACGGCGGCGGCGGCCGGCGGGUGCCGCUGGCUCACGCGGCUGCCGUGGUGCUGGGGCGCGGCCCCGAGACGGGGAUAACGGACAGGAGGUGCUCGCGGCGGCAAGUUCAGCUCCAAGCCGACUGCAGCAAGGGGUACGUCACGGUGAGGCAGGUAUGCUGCUGCGCCAGCUCUGUGUGGUACUGUGCAGGAGUCAACCCAACUAGUGUUGAUUUAGUGGAUGUUGGCAAGGAUGAAGAGGUGAAAAUGAGGCCAGGCCAAGUUCUGCACAUCGUGAAUAAGCUUUACCCCUACACCGUGCAAUUUGCUGAAGAAUCGGGGAAAGAUGUUACAGAAGCAGAAGAGAAAGUACAAGCUGAAAAGAGGCCAUGUGAGGACUCCUCUGAGAACGAUGAUAUAGAAAAUGUGCCCAGGAAGGCAAAGAAAACGGAGGUGGUGGAUACACAAGGCAGUUCUGCAGAGCUCAAGCUAAGCAAGACCAGCGUGUUCCCACAGGAGGGGACUUCGAGCAAAAAGGAACAUUUAGGACACUGGAGUCAGGGUCUGAAGAGUUCCAUGCAAGAUCCAAAAAUGCAGGUUUACAAAGACGAGAAGACUGUAGUCAUCAAAGACAAAUACCCUAAAGCACGCUACCACUGGCUUAUUUUGCCAUGGGAAUCCAUUCCAAGCCUGAAGACGGUCACCAGGGAGCAUCUUGGGCUCCUGGAACACAUGCAUGCAGUUGGGGAAAAAAUGAUCGACCAGUGCCCUGCUCGAGGCAGCCUGGAGUUCCGGCUGGGCUACCACGCUAUCCCCAGCAUGAGUCACCUGCAUUUGCAUGUAAUCAGCCAGGAUUUUGAUUCUGCUGCCCUGAAAACCAAAAAGCACUGGAACUCUUUUACUACAGAAUACUUCUUAAACUCCCAAGAUGUGAUAGAGAUGGUAAGAAGCAAGGGAAAGGUAACAGUGAAAGAUCAUGCCUCUGAACUUCUCAAAUUGCCCCUCAGAUGCCAUAUUUGCAAACAGCAGCUAUCCACUAUCCCACAGCUAAAGGAGCACCUCAGGAAACACUGGCCAAAAUGACGCUGCAGGAAAUCACCUGACAACCCGUGCGUUUGGAUUUCAGGCUAAAGCAACAACCUCGAAAUGUUAAGGGACAUGUACGCGUUUUGUUAAUUGUGUUGAGAAAUGUUAAAGGGAAAAUGGAGCCUGCAAACAGCAGCAUGAUAACUUUGUCAAAGCUUAGACAAAAAUUUAAUAAAGUGACCUCUGAAAUGAA